CUUGCGAGAGAAGAGAAAACCAACGAAGAAGUCAGGCACAGUAACCACAGAAGUAACCCGAACAAUUUGGUGUAGAAAAGAAGUAAACAUGGAUAAAAAGAAGAAACCCUUCGCUGUGACUGCUUCAUCGCUGGUGGACCUGAAAGCUGAGUUGUACAGAAAGCAGGAACAAUUCAAACAGGAAAAACUUGGGCAUGAACAUUCUGGUGCUGGAUUAAAAUCCAAAAUCAAGAAACCUAAUGUCUGGACUAAACAAAACGCUGGUGUUUCUGCAAGAGCUGAGAAAGAUGCAGAGCAGCUGGCUGAGGAGCAGAACAGCCUUGACACAUCCAAACGUAAGUUGGAGGAGAAGGCCAAACUCUAUGAGCAAAUGACCAAAGGAGACUUUCCAGAUGAAGAGACAGAGGGACUGUUCCUGGUUGAUUUCACCCAGAAGAUAAUUGACCAAAAGAGGGAAAUGCAUGCACAGAAGAAAACAGAAAGAGAUGAUGAGGAAAGACACAACUCAUCUCCUGUCCCUCCUCCUCAAAACUCAGAAGAGGAAUGGGUGGAUUAUGUGGACGCUUUAGGCCGAUCUCGAAGAUGCAUGAAGAAAGACCUGCCAGGUUUUAAGAAAAUGGACCAAGACCUUCAAGGAAAAGAAAAAGCUUCAGCUGAUAAGACCUUACUCUCUGAGGACAUGCGUCGAGAGCUGCAGAGGCAGGAGUGGGAGAGGGAGGAAGAGGAGGCUAUGAAGAGACCUGUAGGACCGCUCCACUACGAGGAUAUUAGGGGACAAGAGGCUCGAGAUCUCGGUGUAGGUUACUUUGCGUUCGCUCAGGAUGAAGAGCAGCGCAGAAAGCAGAGAGACACUCUGGACAUGCUGAGAGACCAGACAACAGAUCAGCGCACCAAGAGGGAACAACUGAAGGACAAGAGGCAGGCCAUCCUGCGGGCCCGAUUGACCAAAGUGAGGCAGAGGAAGAUGAAGAAGGCCAAGCUGGAUGGUACUGAGGAUGAGCAGAGAGAGGAGGAGAAUGAAGGAGGGGAGGAUGAAGGAGAAAUUAUAGGACCCGCGCUUCCACCAGAGGACUCUCCAGAAGUAAGCACAGUGAAGAAGGUGGUAGUGGAGAUCCAGGAAAGGAAAGACACCAAACCAGGAGUUCCUCAUGUCCGAGAAUGGGACAGAGGCAAAGAGUUUAUGUUUACCGAGUGGACAAAUCGUCGUCGCGAAGAGCGAGAGUCAGAUUUUGCACCUCCCUCUGCGUACUUUACUGAGUGGAAGAGAGCAGGACCUGGGAAGAUUAAACCUCAGGAGAAUAAAUCCAAGAUGUCCUUUAAGUGGACCAAAGUCCCAGAAGGAGUCUCUGAAAGCAAGGAGGAAGAACCACAAUCUCAGCCUGAAACGGCUCCACCACCUCCUUCACCUCCUUCACCUCCUCCGCCUCUUCCACCUCAACAAGAUCUUUCACCUCCUUCACAACCACAGACUUCAUCGCAGUUAUCACCUUCAGAUCUCUCAGCAGAUUCAGCUCCUGCGUCUGCUCCUUCUCUUAAUCCCCAGUAUGCCCCCCCAUUUUAUCCGAUGUUUCCUUCCCCCCAGUUUGCUGGACCACAUCACCAGCCUCCUUUCUUUCCCCAACAAUACCCACCCCAGUAUCUACCCCAGUAUCCACCCCAGUAUCCACCACAGUAUCCACCACAGUAUUCAUCCCAGUAUUCACCCCAGUAUUCACCCCAGUAUCCACCCCAGUAUCCACCCCAGUAUCCACCCCAGUAUCCACCCCAGUAUCCACCCCAGCUUCAGAGCCAGCCUCAGCCUCAGCCUCAGCCUCAGCCUCAGCCUCAGCCUCAGCCUCAGCCUCAGCCUCAGCAGCCUGUAGACCUCAGCCAGGCCAGACAGCCGACGGAGAGUCUGGACGACAUGCUUUCCUUCUACAGGAGCACAACCUGAUCUCUGAAAUGUAAUUUAACGUGUAGUUGCUUCAUACUGAGAGUGUAAACACUGCUGUUUCUGUUUUUUUCCUUUUUUUGGAAAUCACUGAAACAUCAGCACACAAGUUCUCAGCUUGGAGUUUUAGAAUUUAAUAAAUAUCAGGAAUUGAACUGGA